CUUGAAAUAUAAUUGAAUAAUUUCAUCUUAGUAGCAAGAAAGUGGUGACUAGUCCACCAUAAAACAUAACACAACUUUCAUCGUAAUCACUCGAAUAAUUCACCGUUGCUGAAAUAAUGUUUAAAAUUUCCCUCCUUUGUUUGACUCUUAUCGUUUGUUAUUCAGACGCCGUAUGUGUUUGGGGACAAUGGAAAUGCCACUCACCAGAGAAGUGCGACGGAAAGUAUGAUAAAGGACUCUUCGCAUGCUCCUAUGGAUGUCAUAAAGGAUAUUGCGCUUCCCAAUGCAUGGGCUGGUGCGCAUCAACUGAUAUCCACCCCCGAGGUUGCUGUACUACUUGCAAGGAAUGGUGCUAUUUAGCGGCUGAUUCUGACAGUGGAAUUGGAGCUGACUACAAGACUUGCACUGAGAACAGUGACUGUGACGUUAUUGCUGGCAACUCCUGCUCCAGUGCUUGUACGCUCUAAAGUUUAGACGUAAUCAGAUGUCAAUAGCUCUGUAUUUUAUACUUUAUAGUGUAUACUUGAAGCGCUCUGGAAUUUUACUGAUUUGAAUUCGAAAAUGUUUAACUUUAAAA